AUGAAUGAUGUGUCGGGUCAAGCAUUGCAAAUACUUUUCGGGUUUAGACCACCGGUCAGCGAAACAGAUCCACGAUUUUACACAGAGUUAAUGGAAAAGUGUUGGUGCGUGAACUCGAAGGAUCGUCCGACUGCGGAGGAACUUUGCGAGAGAUUUAAAAGUUGGAUGGAUGAUGAGACGAAGAUUAAGAGGUUAAACGAAUACCUUGAAAAAUAUAUUAUGUAA